GUUGUGAUGGUUACACAAAAGUUAUCUGUGCAGGAAAUUGCAGAAGUGCUCAGAUUUCUGGGUUUAUUUGGUCUUUUUUAUGCCUGUGUGGACAGCUGUUGUUCUGAACAGUCUGGAUUCUGUAACUGGAGGCUGAAACAAAGCACCAUGAAGCUGGAGAUUCCAGAAACUUUUGAAGAUGUUGCUGUGGAAUUCUCGAUGGAAGAAUGGAAGAUGUUAACCAAACGGGACAAAUUGCUGUACCAGGAGGUGAUGGCACAGAACUUUGAUCACAUGGUAUCCAUAGGUAAGGAUGGUGAUCUUGGAUCUAAACAUGAAAAUGAUGGUACAGAACUUUUUGUUGAGAACAGAACAUUGGCUGAACAGUCAACCAGAACGUUAGAGGACUUGUCAUUGAAUAACAAGGGGAGCACCCAUUUGAUCCUGCAGAAUCCUAGCAACAGUGCAGUGGAUAUACCACUAGAACAACUGUUAUCAUAUAUUGAAAAACCGGGUGAACUUCCAUUUCAUGGGAAGGUAGAAGAUAUGACCGUGGUUCAGACAGAUCUUCCUGAAGUCCCACCAAGCAGUAAGUAA